CAAUAAAGGUCCUCUUUAAACAACUGAUUAGAGAACAAGAGCGGCGUCCCGUACUGUAAAAGAGGCAAGCCUUUGAUAUAUGCUUUGCCGCCGAGACAAGUUUGACUGGCAGUAAAUCGUGCUCGUCACAACGUAAGAAAGCGAUAGCCCGUACUGCAGCUUGUCAGUCGGUGGUGAUGGCCCAACAAUUUCUACAUCUACUGUUGUCUACCCUCCUUUAUGGGGAGUCACCGACGGGUCGAAAUGGGGGCGGUGAUCUCAGCCAUCACUGGAGCUACAAGGGCGACGCAGGCCCAGGCAACUGGUCGCUGCUAUAUCCGACGUGUAGUGGAACCAGGCAGUCUCCCGUGAAUAUACAAGACCGGAACAUCAUAUACCAGGAGCUACCACCCUUUAGGUUCAACAACUUCGAUGGCUUACGAACCGCAUUCAGACUCACUAACAACGGGCAUACAGCAAGUAUAUCCAUAUUUGGUAACAUGUCCGUGGAGGGAGGUGGCCUUGACGGCCAGUACAACACCGCUGAGCUACACUUCCACUGGGGCAGCUCCAACAACCUCGGCUCCGAACACUCCAUCAAUGGUAGAAAAUAUCCCUUGGAGAUGCACAUCGUAAGUUAUGCCACCAAAUAUGGAAGCUUGUCAAACGCCAUGAGGUUCAGAGACGGUCUUGCUGUGCUUGGGACGUUUUUUGACAUAGCUAGGGAAAACCCGUACUUCAGACCCAUUGAGGAAGGAGUGGUUCGAGCUAAGUAUGCUGGUAACUUUACCGAUCUGCAAUCCGUGAACCUGCUGGGCCUGCUUCCUGCUGAUACGACACGUUAUUACCGUUACUACGGGAGUCUGACCACGCCCCCUUGUCAUCAAAGCGUGAUGUGGACAUUGUUUGAGGACGUCCAAUACGUCUCUCCUUACCAGAUCCAAAUGCUCAGACGUCUCUAUGAAUCUCACGACUCUCACGGCCAUGGAGGUCAUGGAGGUCACGGAGGUCAAGGAGGUCAUGGCUUCGGAAACAACCACCACUCCCCGAUGAAACAUUUACCCCUUGAAGAGUUUCUCAUGGACAACUACCGCCCCACUCAGCCCCACUUCGACCGUGUCAUUAACUGUAACAUCCUGCGCUAUGCAGAUCCCCAGUAUAUACAACAUUCACGUAUGCAAUUCGACAGCGCCCCCAGGCAAAAUGACUUCAUAUCUCAAAGACUGUCUCAGAUAAAUGUUGACGCUUUGUUCAACAAGACCCUUCAACGAUGGCUUCAAAGCAAGGGCUUGUCUCCAAAUGCCUUGACCCCAGAACAACUGGGCAUGCACGCACAAGGACAAUCUCACGGGGCUCCGCAGUUUCAGCAACAAGGAUCAGUCAACCUAGGCCACCCUGCUCCGGUUCAGGGUAACGCAGGCAGUACCGGAUCUGGGCAUGGCACUCAGCAUGCCAUCCAUCAGGGUAGUCCCCACGGUGUCAACCAGGGCCAGGUGGGUGGGAGUGCACCAGGAGGAACUAGCCAGAUGGGUACAGGCGCAGCACAACCACCAGAUCAGCUUGACCUUCAGGUCAUACAAACACAGACGAUUGGACCAAAUGGAGAACAGCUGACAGAGAUACAAGUGCAGCUAGAUCCUAAUGGUCCACAUGGCGCAAUGACCCAGGCAGAGCUUCAACAGCUAGUAGGUGAUCCUGCAGUGAUGGACCAGAUUCGUCAGAUCGUCAGCAGCCAAACAGGCGGCACUGGUCAGAUACACGAAAUAAUCGUAUCUGUGCCACCCACAGGCAGCCAGGGUGCAGCACCAUCACAAUACCAAGAUCCACAGGCGUUUGGAGGAGCCGGAGCACCAGCACAGGGAUCCACGAUGAAUGGGCCUUCCCAAGAGUUCCAGGCCUCGCAAGGCAACAACGAGGUGCAAGUACUAGAAUUCCACCCUAGUGUACCACAGUUUCUCAUAGAUGAAUUACUUCGAUACCCACAAUGGUCCUUUCACUUCAACGAAACCCUCAUGGAAAUUAACGAACUCAUGCAUGACCUGACCGCUGCGUCUGUAACGACUGCCCCGCCACCAAGACAGAAUCAGUUUCAACAAACGGGGCCGCUCCCUGUCCAGGGUGUCCAGCCAGGGCUGCUCCAAGGUCAAGGUGUGCAAGUUGGUCAUCUGGAAGGUGUAAACAUGAACCUUCAAGGGGUCCAGGUGGAUCAAGUUGGUAUGGGCCAUGGACAUUCACACGGAGUAGGUCAAGGUCAAGGUAUUGGAGGUAUGGUUCAAGGUCAGGGAACUUUGGAUCAUGGUCACAGAAGAAUGGAUCAAGGUCAAGGAAACAUGGGACAAGGUCUAGGUCAUACCGGUCAAAGUCAUGGGAAUACUGGACAAGGUCAUGGGAGCAUGGGUCAAGGUCAUAUGCAAUCACUUCCAUUUGGUCAGUCCCAAAACAUCGGCCAACAAGGAUUAGGUAAUAAUUUUGGGCAACAACACUCCCAGUUUGAUCAGCAUCAGGCUGGUGGAACAUUUAUUCAGAGUGCACCGACAUUUCAAGUAGAUCCCUUCUCAGCAAUAAAUGGGAACAUUCAAGUGGACCCGAUACAGAGUGUGCACAUAGGUCAACAGACACGGAAUAUGGGUUCUGUUGACCUUUCAAGAGGUGGAGGGACGCAACGCUUCCAGAAUGUUGGUGCCAACACUGGACAAUCUGAUCUCCAAAUAAUCUCAGCUCGUGAAAUGAAGUUCCUGCCAUGGAAAUGACUUGAAUAUAGACAUGGCUACCCACAAAGAUAGUUCCUCAUAUGAGUGCACGUUUUCUCCUGUCACAAACAUCUCCCAAACAAUAUUGUGUACUUACACUCUAACUUGUUUGGAUCAAUAUUUUGCAAAACAAAUCAUUUGUCCAAAUGCUUGGCAAUAUUAAUAAUAAUUUCAAUAUGCCACAUAGGGACCAGGCGUUAGACUGGUGUCAUGGGUGUAAAUGUAUACAUCCUGCUGUAAAUGUAUACAUAAGCUUGGCUCUUCAAGAAUGUACUAUUUUGUGUAUCAUGCUUGUAAUUAUACGUUGUUACUUUUCCGGUUCAAAGAUUGGUCAAGUACUGUUGAAUAUAUAUGUUCUCUUUGAAAGAAACUAUGAAGCAGCAUUUACAAAAAAAUAUUGACAGCAUUGUAAAGUUAUACCAACUUAAUACCUCACAUUUCAAAAUCUUAAGGGAUGAGUAUGGUUCCAGAUUUUAAUAGUUAUCCAUACUCAUCGGUGGAAACCUGAACACUGGCACCUUGGAGGGUUAGUUUAUUAUAAUGUGGUCUUUUAAUCAUAUGAUGGUAUAAGUCGACCAACACACCAUGUCAAGUAGGGAACGAACAUUGUUCUAGGAAGCUUGCAUUCUUUCCCCGUCAGCUUCUCAAUAAGUUCCGUAAUCACAAUAUUUCAAUCUAGCAAAUCAGAUCUGCCUUCUGUUGGUGAGAGCGGCCAUUAACUUGAAGAUGUGUAUCGAUCCUUGGUUUGCUUUCGAGGGAGCUGCUAGUAAUUGAUACCCCAGCUCCUACACCAAUACGUUCAUCUGGGGGGUUCUAUGGCAUGAUCUGAAUCAUUCAAGAAGUAUUUCAUCAUGAGUUUCUUUGGUACUGCUGAUUUGGUAUUUUGGUUGAAUAAAAUACAUAACACAGA